GCGGAGCCCCCGGACGCGACCAUGUCGGAGGUGCUGCCCUACGGCGACGAGAAGCUGAGCCCCUACGGCGACGGCGGCGACGUGGGCCAGAUCUUCUCGUGCCGCCUGCAGGACACCAACAACUUCUUCGGCGCCGGGCAGAACAAGCGGCCGCCCAAGCUGGGCCAGAUCGGCCGGAGCAAGCGGGUUGUUAUUGAAGAUGAUAGGAUUGAUGACGUGCUGAAAAAUAUGACCGACAAGGCACCUCCGGGUGUCUAACUCCCCCAAAGACAAUGAGUUAAGGGAAAGAAUAAGAACCUCGGCGGGAGCAGUUAUUGGCAAAAAGCAUGAAAAAGAGAAAGCACUUUGCAAUUUAUUACUAGCUUGCUACCCACGAUGAAAUCAACAACCUGUGUCACCUGUCAGGCCGGGCUGGAGACAGAUGAGGCGUGUGGAGGAGGAGGAGGAGCAGAAGGAGCAGGAGGAGGAGGAGAAGGCUCUGGGCUCCUCUGCAAAAAUAAAAAUAAAAUACAUAAAAUUUAAAAAAUUAAAUCACUAUAUACACUAUAUAAAGAAAUAAAAAAGAAGUCUCAGUUGCAGCUAUUUGUCAAAAUUGAUAUCUAUUUCUUUUUCUAUACCGUGAAUAUUGCGCAAUUAUAGAUCUGGAUUUUGAACCACUUAACGAAGGGGCAACACCGGAUGAGGUGUUGGUAUUCUUCGCUGAUUUGGCUGUUCCCAAUGUUUACAUUAUUUAAUCUUGCAAAAAUGAUUCUGUGCACUUGGAUGUGAAAUGCUGUCUAGUUUUAUUUUUUUAUGUUGUUAACUUUGGAUGUACAAAAAAAAAUCAGAAAAUGAUAUCUGUAGAUACUGUUUUAUUUUGGUCAUCUUUUGAAGUUAUCAGGAAUGUGUUUAAAACAAGAAGAUAACUUUUCUAAGGAAUGAUACAUAGAAAGGAUCCUUGUCUUAUUUUAAAAUGAAUUGUAAAGCUUGUGUUUCUUUGUUGCUGCAAGCUAUUUGCCCAAGUUAAUGCAAAUGGACACAUUUUAUAUGUCAGAAAAAAAAAAACAGGAAAAACAAAGAAAAAAAUGCUUGAGCUUUUUCUAACCUCCCCGCUGCAGUCUGUUGUUUGAGCCGCCUGUUUUUUUUCUCUAAUAUUGUGUCAGUUUAUUCUCUCUAAUGGACUGUAAAAAGAAAAAAAAAAAUGUAAUCACAAGAGUGCCAAAUAUCUUGAAAUGCCAAAAGGCAUUUUGUUUCCUUCCUUUUCCCUGUGCUCUGAGUCCACAUAAAGGAAUGCUUGGAGUCUUCUGUUAUUUAUAGGGAUUCUCUAAGGCACAGCAGCUGCCUGUUUUGCAUGGUAUUUGCAAAAAUGCCUCUUGCGUGAGGAAUCUUUUACCAUUUUUUGUUUGCAACUUUGGACCUCAAGAGGUUUCCCCUCCCUUUCUUUCCUGGUUCCCUAUUUUCUUAAAUUGGAUAUUCUGUAUGUUGCACCUUGAACCAGCACACAGGGCUAUUUCUCCAAUGUACAAUAAAAUUACCGUUCCUGUGUC